ACAGACGUCGUCGCCACUCGACCUUGGAGAUAUGUUCGAUCGGUCCAGUUGACUGCCGGGAGGGGUGACGGGCGUGCCCGGCUAUAUAAGCGGCCUCUCACUCCACACCGACAUCAGUUGAGGAACGCUCACAACCGGAUCACCACAUCAUGAAGGUCUUCAUCGUUGCCGCCGUCCUGGCCGUGGCUGCCGCCGCGCCGGCCCCGGACACCCCCGUGUACAAGCCGGCCCCGGCUCCGUACAAGCCGGCCCCUGCCCCGUACAAGCCGGCCCCGGCCUACAAGCCGGCCCCUUACCACCCGGAGCCCCAGUACAAGGAGGAGCCCAAGCCGUACGCCUUCGACUAUGCCGUGAAGGACGGCUACUCGGGCGCUGACUUCGCCGCCAACGAGAACAGUGACGGCAAGCAGACCACCGGCUACUACAAGGUGGCUCUGCCCGACGGCCGCAUCCAGACCGUCAAGUAUGUCGCCGACCACUACAACGGAUUCAACGCCGAGGUCACCUACGAGGGCGAGGCCCAGUACCCCGAGUACCACCCGGCCCCGGCCUACAAGCCCGCUCCCUACAAGCCGGCCCCUGCCCCCUACAAGCCCGCUCCGGUCUACAAGCCCGCCCCCAAGUAUAACUAGGGUGCUAAGCUGAUGAUUAUUUAAGUGUCGUGUUCGUUAUUUAUUGUCCAACAGUGUAUUUGUUUUUGGUAAUACAACGUGAGUCGGAAUA